AAUUUUAUAAACAAAAACGCGGUCAACAGGUAGUUGUAAGUGCCGUAACUAGAACAAGUGACUCACGAACCGAGAUGAAUGAUUGUAGUUUUUACGGCAUCGCUUAGGCUCAUCGAAAAAAAAGCAUUUCACGCUCAAUUAUCGGCAGCCAGCCCGCGAAAUAUUGCACAAUACUAAGUUUUUCAUUACCAAUGCCUUUGUCACCUCUAACCUCGUCUGAUAAGCAAAUUGUUACAUGGUUACAAGAAAGGUAUAACGCACACUCGCCACCUUUUGUCUCUAACCCUGAUAUAAAUAUUGGGUAAUACUGAUACCAAAUUAUUACAGCACAGAUUGUCGUGCAAUACACAUCUCAAGAUGACAAAGGUAGCUUUAGGUGUGUUAAUGGUGGCGGCGGUCGGCACAGCCAUACAGAUAGCACCGGCGGCCACUGGCUACAUCUACAGAAGUGAUAAUAACGGGCCGGCUAGUCUCAUCCAAUUAGGAGCUCAUGCUUACCAACCUGAGGCUUAUGCGCCUGCGCUGCCAAUCGCAGAGCCCUUAAAAACGAUAGAUGCUUACGCCAUUGGUCCCGUACCUCUACCAUACAUAGCUGCUAAGCCUAUUUCGAUAGAAGAUGCAGAGGAUGAUGAAGAAGACAGCGAAGAAUCAAACGAAUACGUCGGAGGUGGAGAUUUAGAGGGAUUGGAUCAUGGACACGCUUUCGAAAAGGGCGGUGGCAGUGAUUACGAAGAGGAACAUCAUGCAGCUCAUGGCGAAAAGGGAAGCAAAGGAUACCACAGCAAAGGUCACCAUGCGAAAGGACAAGCGGGACAUUACGGUAAGGAGCAUAAAGAGGGCCAUUACGGUGAAAAAGAAGGUGGGGAAUCAGAACACCAUGAUGAAGCCGACGCCUAUGGAAAGCAUCACGAAUCUGGUGGCAGCUACAAAGGAGGUGAUCAUGGACAUAAGAAGUAUUUUAGUAAGGGCGAAGAUGUCACCGGAUACCAUAAGGUGUUCCACAAGGACGAAUUCAAGAAAGAUCACGAUUUCUAUGACGUUGCUGACAAUAGCGGCCACUUCAAUAAGCACGGUUAUGAAAAAGCGCACCAUGGCUCAGAAGAGGGUGGACAUAAAAAAGGAGGUCAUCAUGGAGCUGGAUUUGACAAAGGUGAAUUUGGAAAAGCUGGUUCACAUUCUGAGGGUGAAAUUGACGAUGCUGAUAGCGGUCAUUCUGACGAAGCUGGCCAUGAUAGUCAUUACGAGAAAGAAGAGGAAUAUGGCAAGAAGGGAGCAGGUGGACACGAGAAGGAAUACUCUUACGACGACGACGACGACGACGAAUAUUAGACCAUCGAUAUA